UAUUCAUAUUAAAAAANUUACGGUAAUCCAAAGCGUGAAGAUUUUGUAAAACAUAUGGUACACAAACACAGCAUAACUAUGACGGAGCCUGAGUUAUUUGCAAUGUUCAAAGCGAAUACUGGUCGUUCUCCGCGCGUAAAACUAGCUGAAGAAUUAGAAGUGGUAAAUGAACUUUUGCAACCGACAGACGUAAUGGAAUCAAUUGACUGCGAGAAUUUAUAAUCUAAAUAUAUAUAUAAAGAUCCAGUUCGUAAAUCUAAAACAAGAAAGCAUCAGUCUCCUUUAUUUCUAAACCACCCUAGAAAAAGUUCUUAAAGCUACAAAAAAAAAGUUUCAUUCUCCUUAUUAAAAGUGAACUACAAAAAUGCAGUGUCGUGCUUGUAUGCAGACUAAUUGCCAAGUCCUCCUCGACAUGGGCAUCGCGUGUACAGAGGAUGGCAAAAAUCUGUACGAUUGCUUCAAUGAAUGCACGCAGUUAGACGCACGUGCCAAUGAUGGUUUACCCAAAACACUUUGCAAAAUGUGUGCACAAAAACUUCAGAUAGGCUUUAACUUCAGAAAAAGUGCUCGCCAAUCGCAUGAAGAUUUCAUGAAACUUUUAGCAUCCCUAAAAAUGGAGACUGAAUCGGUACAUAGUUUAACAGAGGAAUCUUUGGCAUAUGAGAAAGAAGGGGAAAAUACUGGUGAUCCUUUGGAUAUGGAUUUUGAAGAAGCUGUAAGGGCCUUACAUGGAACAGAAUUAGAUCUUUUCGUAAAGGACGAGUCGACCGACCAGGUCUUAGAGGAAUCACAAGAUGUAAAACAUGAAAAUGAAAACUCGACAGAGGUUCAGCUGUCUAAUUUGUAUGGUGUUACAACAACAACAUCGACGGACGGUUUUGGGGAAUCCCAACAUUCAAUAGAAAAAAACCAAAAAUCGACGGAUGUUUUGGAGGAAUCACUACUAGAAUCGACGGAUGUUUUGGAGGAAUCACUACUAGAAUCGACGGAUGUUUUGGAGGAAUCACAACUAGAAUCGACAGAUGUUUUGGAAGAGUCACAAGAUGUAGAACAUAAUAAUGAAAAAUCUAUGGAAAUAGACAGAUCAGAAGAGGAGGUUGACCAUUUUACCGAAUUAAUACCCGAUUCAUCAUAUGACGAUAAUAUACAAAAUAUAAAAGCAAAUGAAUCAGAAACAGAUGAAUUAGAAGAGGAAUGCAUAACUGAACACACAGAUAAAGUAAGAUACACUUGCGAGAAUUGCAGCUGUUCUUAUGCAACUAAAAAGGAAUUAAAAAAGCAUAUUUCUAAUCGACACAAAUCUGAUAUAAUUUGCAUAAACUGCUCAAAGGUGUUUGAAAUGCCUAAUGAUUUGAGGAUACACAAAAAGCUUAUUCAUGACACCCAAUCACCAAUACAAUGCGAUUUCUGCCCAGAAAAACCUGUUAUGCCUCGAACGGAACUUCUUAAACAUUUUCAAAACUACCAUAGUUGUCGAUAUUUUAAAUAUUUUCCACGUUUACGUAAAAAACGUACUAAUUGGUUAGGGGAUCCUAUUCCUAAUGAAUGCAAAUAUUGUGGAAGAACAUUUCCAUCUGAGUUCGAUUUGGAAGAUCAUAUAAAAUCUCAUGUAUUUCAAUGUCCAAUCUGCUCGAGAAAUUUCGGUAGAAUAAAAGCUUAUUAUGCCCAUAUCAAACGAUUACAUAACAGCAGAGCAAAUAAAGUUCCGCCACUCAUUGUUGAAGGAACUGAAAUCGAAGAACAAAUUUUCGAAUGCAAAGAUUGCAACAAAAGCUACACGAGACUGGGCUCUUAUAAUACACAUAUGAAACAAAAACAUCAAGUAACGGAAUCAAAUGCUAUAAGUGAUAAUCCUGUUAAAGAGUUCGACAAUAUUCACCAAAUCGACUUUUCGGAUAACCCUACAAACAUAGAAGGCAACGAAUUCACUGAAAUUGAAAUGGAAGGCACCGUUAUUGAACUUAUUCCCAUGGAGUCGGAUGUCAUAAAAGAUGAUCAAGAGCGUAGAAAACCGUCUAGAAGAAAAGCGCAUAAAAAUUCAGAUGGUCAAAAGGAGAAAAAGAGCUAUCUAUGUUCAUUUUGUCGUAAGUAGGAAAAAGAAAAUCUUUUAUACUUAAGAUUUUAAGAACUUACUUUUAAAU